GCUUUUUUAUCGUCUUUCUCCCACGAGCCAAGCAGUUCAGGUCUGUCCGUGGUCAAUAAUACUUGGCAUCGAGCUGUCGACAAAGCUUGAAUUUGUUCAGGGGAAGAUUUUUUUCGAUUACUAUUGCGGAAUUACCGAAUUCAUGCGACAGUCUUGAUCUCAACUAGACAGAAGGUCAGCGUGGGAGGUCAUCCAAGGCAUCAAUCUCGGUCUCGAUUCCCCGAAGGACAGAAUAUAUAUUCGAUAUAAAAUGAGCGUUCGCGUCGUCGCGCGGGUUAGGCCGCUUCUCAAGUCGGAACGAGAGUUGGACAUCAUCUUGCGCACCGAUUCUUCCAACCAGACCGUUCCCAAGAGCGACCACACCUCCGAGGACAGUGCGGCGUUGAAGAAACUCAGAGAUCGAAACACAGUCGUGCGGAUACCGAACCCCAAGAACGAGGGCGAGGAGUACUCCUUCCAGUUCAAUGCCGUCUACGACGCCGACGCGCCGCAACAGGAGCUCUUUGACGCAGAGGUGGCUCCUACGGUUAAACACCUAUUCAACGGACGCGAUGUCACCUUGUUCGCAUACGGUGUCACAGGGACAGGGAAGACGCACACCAUGCGAGGCGGUAAAAGCCUGGCCGACAGGGGCGUCAUCCCGCGUCUCCUGAGCACCAUCUACCGACGCAGCCGGAAGAUCGAAAAAGACAGCCAUGGGGAGAAGUCCGUUCAGGUCUCUCUGACGUACUACGAGAUAUAUAAUGACAAGGUCUUUGACCUGUUUGAGCCCCCGGAGAAGAGGACCCUGGCGGGACUGCCGCUUCGCGAUAACGGGGGGAGAACGGUGGUGGUGGGGUUGACGGAGCGGCCGUGCUCGAACCUGAAAGAUUUCGAAAUCCUGUAUGACCAGGCGAACACGAACCGCUCCACGUCGGCAACCAAGUUGAACGCCCACUCGUCGCGAUCGCACGCGAUUCUAGGCGUGAAAGUCGCAAUCAGCUCCGAAGAAGAAACCCGCGUGAGCACAGUGUCGGCGAUUGAUCUGGCCGGCUCAGAGGACAACCGUCGCACAGACAAUGAUAAGGAACGCAUGGUCGAGUCGGCCAGUAUCAACAAGAGCCUUUUUGUGCUGGCCCAGUGUGUCGAGGCCAUCAGCAAAAAGGCCCACCGCAUUCCCUAUCGCGAGUCCAAGAUGACCCGGAUCUUAUCCCUGGGUCAGAACCACGGCCUCACCGUGAUGAUCCUCAACCUGGCCCCCCUGAAGUCCUACCACUUGGAUACGCUAAGCUCUCUCAACUUUGCCAACCGCACCAAAAAGAUCGAAGUGCGCGAGGUGGAGAAUGAACCCAUGUUCAAGGGCCCUCCGAGGCCGUCGAUGCGACCUUCUCUGGCAGCCCUGCGUCAACCCCUGCGGCCGCUGACAGCGUCUGUCAACGCCAAUCUUGGCGCUACAGCGGGCAAAGAUUCGGAAAAGCCUGGCGAAAAACCCGUCAAGGCGUUCAGUGUCUUUUCGGACAGACAGAAAAGAAUCUCUGCCCAGUUCAAGAAGCCCGAGGUCCCGAAACGGCCCUCGCUGAGUGCAGAUGCGCCUGCGCCUCGUCUACCGAGGGCCACUCGACUUGGUCAGCCGGCCCUCCCGCAGAGGAGCUACGACGAGAUCUCGUCCGCCAAGAUCGAGGAGAUGGUGGAGAGAAAGGUCGAGGAGAUCCUAGCGGUGCGGGCGGUCAGCGAGCAGUCGCGACAGACCCAGGUCCGGGAAUUGAACGAGCAGAUGCGCAAGCGGCUAGAGCAGCUCGAACAGCGCAUCGAGGGCUCUGAAGACGCCCGAGCCGAAGGCCUGUCCUACCUUCUUAUGGCAAAACAGCACCAAGGACGCGGGGAAGACGCCUCCGCACUACGGAUGUACCAGCUGGCAUUGCCAUUCUUCCCCGACAACGAGAAGCUAGCCGCGAAGAUCUCGAAGCUGCAGGUGCGCACCCACGGCCGGUGCGUCUCCGAGACCGACACCACGACCUCAUUAGCCCCACCGAGCACCAAGAAGGCGCUCGGCAGCAUGCUCUCCCUCAACAAGCAGCCCACCCGAAGCAGCAGCCUCAAACGCUCCGCUUCGGACUCCGACGCAGACUACGAAGAGGCCGAAACCUUCUCCCAUCUUAGCGACGACGACGUCCAAGAAGUGACCCGCUCGCGCCGCCUCAAACGGAACAAAACCAGCCCAUCCGUCGCAGACGAGGAAUCCGCGCUCGCAGACGACGAACCGGCUCCUUCGCCGCGCACCAUCCACCUUCUCUCCGUUAUCAACUCCCGCGACGUCAGCCAGAUCAAGUUGCUAAAGGGCGUUGGGGCGAAAAAGGCCGAAGCCAUCGUCGACUGUCUCUGCGAGAUGGACCACAACGAGGAUGAGUCGCAGUCUCAAGCGCAGAUGGAGAUCCACAACCUUGUGGAACUGAGUAAGUUGAGGGGCGUGGGUGUGAAGAGCGUGGAGACUAUGAGGAGUGGGUUGUUGGCGUAGUCUUCAUUUCACUUGCUUGCCUGGGUUGAUUUGUUGCUUGGUCGGUUGAUUGAUUGGUUUAUUUAUUGUUGCGCUGAUUGCUGCAUUGGUUACUUCGUGCAUCAUGCAUUUGACGGGGGAUAUAUAUGCAUUUUGGUGAUAGCGAGGGUGUUGGGGUGUUCUUUUCUACCUUCUUCCUUUUCUUCCUUCUUCCUCUUAUUAGCUUUUGUUAGGUGUGUUCCUUCUUGGGAAUAUGUCUAUACUCGC